AUGUGCAACUCCGACAAAUCUCAGUUGGUUGAUCUUUCGAUGAUGAUUUCAACUGAUGUAGAGAGUAUUAUUACCAAGAAAGGUCACGUGACUGCAUUAUCACUAUCUCGAAUGAGCUUGAAGUCGCAAAAUAAAGUCACUCUGUUCGAUCAUCUAGACCCAAAAGAUGGGUUUCCAAUGGGGACCUUCAUCAAGCUGCGACAAAUUCACCUAAUCUCCAAGAAAUUGGAAAAACUUGAUUUUUUACCAAUUUUUUUAGCAAAAACUGGACCACAUCCCUUCAAAAAUAACUCAUUGCAUUCCAAUCCAUUCCAAUGGCGUCCAGUUUCGAACUCGCAUCCUUUUCAGCAUCGGAUUGAGCCCAUCACCACCCUAUCAUCUGACAAGAGCUCAUUACGUAAUCUUGAUGUUUUCUAUCAUAGGACCCUAAUGAUAAUAGUGAAAUUUGACCAUCUCAUCGCCUACUGA